UCCCAGGGGGCACCGCCCCCGGAGCGGGUGGGGCUGGUGACGUCAGGCGCAAGCGCAGUGGUGCUUCUUUUGGCCGAGCGCAGCGAGGAUGAGGCUGCUGUUAAUCGGUGUGUGUGCCGUGCUCCUCGCUGCCGCGGGGGCUGAGGAGGGAGCCAGGAUUCUGUCCUCCAAGUCCCUCCUGAACAAAUACGCAGUGGAGGGACGGGACCUGACGCUGCAGUACAACGUGUACAAUGUGGGCUCCAGUGCGGCGCUGGAGGUGGAACUCAGCGAUGACUCCUUCCCACCUGAGGACUUUGGAAUUGUGUCAGGAAUGCUGACCGUGAAGUGGGACCGGAUAGCUCCGGCCAGUAACGUCACCCACACUGUGGUGCUGCGACCACUGAAGGCCGGAUACUUCAACUUCACCUCUGCCACCGUCUCUUACCUGGCCCAGGAAGGGGGGCCCGUGGUGGUGGGGUACACCAGCGCCCCUGGACAGGGUGGCAUCCUGGCUCAGCGAGAGUUUGAUCGUCGCUUCUCCCCUCAUUACUUGGACUGGGCGGCCUUUGGAGUGAUGACCCUUCCAUCUAUCGGCAUCCCUCUGCUUCUCUGGUACUCAAGCAAGAGGAAGUACGACACGCCCAAGUCCAAGAAGAACUGAGGCGACUGGAUCAUUAGCAGAGCUCGUGACCCUGUUGUACACCGGAGCUGUGAUAGGCUUGAUGCGCUGAGUGUGUACGUGUGCAUGCACACGUGUGGUUCUGUCUGUGCACACACAAGUCUGUGUGAACGUGUCGAAUGGCGAGUGGCAUGUUACUGCAGGACCAACAUAAACAAUGCCAGAGGGUGGUUUCUGGUUUUGCAGUUGAUCAUCAUGCUCUGUUGGUACAACACGGUUACGAAUAGUUCAUUGUAUAAUUCAGUUUUUUUGUAAUAAAAUCACUUGAAAAUGAAA